GUUCCGGUUUCAACUCCUGGGCUCCGCAGUACGCAGCUAUGGCGUACUCCACCGUGCAGAGAGUGGCUCUGGCCUCCGGGCUCGUCCUAGCUGUAUCGCUGCUGCUGCCCAAGGCCUUCUUGUCCCGCGGGAAGCGGCCGGAGCCGCCGCUGGGCCCCGAAGGAAAACUGGGCCGAUUUCCACCUAUGAUGCAUCACCACUCAGCACCCUCAGAUGGUCAGAUGCCUGGGGCUCAUUUCCAGAGGUCCCACCUUGCAGAGGCCUUUGCAAAGGCCAAAGGAGCAGGUGGAGGUGCUGGAGGAGGGGGUAGUGGAAGAGGACUGAUGGGCCAGAUCAUUCCAAUCUAUGGCUUUGGAAUUUUUUUGUACAUACUGUACAUUCUAUUUAAGCUUUCAAAGGGGAAAACUGCAGAGGAUCGGAACUGCUCCACUGCCCCACCUGGGAAUUCCCACAGGAAGAUUACCAACUUUGAGCUUAUACAACUGCAAGAAAAACUAAAAGAGACAGAAGAAGCCAUGGAAAAAUUAAUCAAUAGAGUGGGACCUAAUGGUGAGAGCAGAGCACAGACUGUGACAUCCGACCAAGAGAAACGAUUACUGCAUCAGCUCCGAGAAAUCACCAGAGUCAUGAAAGAAGGCAAGUUCAUUGACACCUCUACUCCAGAGAAGGAAGCCGAGGAAGCCCCUUACAUGGAGGACUGGGAAGGUUACCCUGAAGAGACUUAUCCAAUGUAUGACCUUUCUGAUGGUAUAAAGCGUAGGCAAGAAACAAUCCUGGUGGAUUACCCUGAUCCGAAAGAGCCCUCUGCUGAAGAAAUAGCUGAACGGAUGGGAGUGAUGGAAGAGGAAGGGUCAGAGCAUUUGAGCUGGGAUCAUUUGCCCACUGACCCUGGAGCCCAGAAAGAUAAUUCUGUCACCCUGUGUGAUCCUAAACCAGAAUCAUGCUCCUGCUGUUUUCAUGAAGAGGAGGAUCCUGCUGUCUUGGCAGAGAAUGCUGGUUUCAGUGCAGAUGGCUACAGUGAGCAAGAGGAAGCCACCAAGGAAGACUGGCCCCAAGACUUUACAAAUGAAGGGUUGGGGAUCAGCACUGAUAAUACACACAUGGGUGGCAUGUUGAGGAAGCGCAACCCCCAGAGUUUAGAGUGAAAGCAGCCUGUUUGAUGAAGUAUCCAUUACUCUGUUCCCAAGGUAUCUUUCCUGAAUUUCAUCCAUGGCCCUGUGCCCUCUACUUCCUUCUCAGUGUUCAAUAUCAUAGUUCUUGGGCCACUGCCAUGGAUAUUAUCUAUCCUUCCUGGUGCUUGCACACCUGUCACCUUGUUAAGUAGACAUUAGUGUGAACACAGGACAGCAUCACCUUUCUCUUCCUGCCUUUCCGCAUCAGAGACACUAACUCAUUAGGUAAUUAUACUUGGUUGAUUGUGCUUGGAGGUGGUACCACCUGUGCAAAGGUCUGACCCCUCAUAGGAAUAACAGAUGAUUUACCUGUGAAUGAGUAUUAGAUUAGCAGAUAUUGGGGGGACUUAAGGUUUUAAGAAUGAAGAUUUUAGACUCUCAAAUGCCUUAUUCUUUGGGCCUUUUGAAUAGGUUAGUAGUCUCCUGAGGAGAAGAGCAUGCUCAAUUGUGAGGAUAAGGGGCCCAGAGCACAGAAAGACAGCCUCCCCUCAGAGCCUUCUAGGUUAAGAUACCCUGGCUUCUCUGGAGUAGCAGGCUAUGAACACACAAGCCUAUUUGGAGACCAUUUUGCUUGUAUAUUGUCUUGAUCCCUAGCUUCCUUUGUCCUUACUCUGUUGAACCGAAUUGCCAAAUCCAGAA